UUUUUAAGUAGAAAUUGACGUAUACUAUUAAAAUUUCGUUUUCAUUGCGAACGACGGAUAUCAUCAAUUUCUAUUUAUAUCGGCAAAGUAACAAAAUAUUUAUGCAGUCGGACGGUGAAAACUGUACGUUGCAUACAUGCUUCAAUUUCGUAAAAAGUGCAGUCAUGGGGUGCUGUUAUAGUAUAUGCCACAAAGAUUCAGAUCCUCAGGAAAAUGUAGUGAACGAACGGACGCACCUCCUAGAAGUGCCUGAGCAGCAACAGGAGACGCCGUCGCCGACGACGUGCGCGUCCACGCCGCCACGCAAGCCGGACGAGCAGAGCGCACUCAAUAGAAUAUUACAUGAGACUGCUACUAACGUGAUCGACGUGGGCGCGCUAGGCCCGUACUCGCUAGAAGCGAAUGCGUACAGCGAGCGUGUGCGCGCAUACACUGCGCGCGCAGCUGCUGCUGCGUUACCGCCUCCUGUACCUGCAAAAUUGUUAGCGGACGUACCACCGGCGGCAUCCAAAAUAAUUCUCAACGGACCACCACCUGAAAUCUCUGACAAAGAACUGAUAACGAACGCAGUGAAAAAAGCGGCAGCCGCUAUAUCGGAGCUCCGCGUGGAGCACCACGAGGACCUCGUGGUCCCGUUCCGGGUGCCCUAGCGCAGGCUGAGCCCGCCUGCUGACACUCAUAUAUAAUAUAGUAUAUAGGUAUAUAUUAGUAUGUAUGGUGAGUAUGUCGCCGUUAAAUUGUUAAUACCGUUUGAUUAUUAAAAUCGUGUGAAAAAAUUACGUUAUAAGUUGUUGUUCUAUCGCUGGCUACCGGCCACUGGUGACUGCAGACUGAUUGGCGAGUCGGUGGCCCGUUUGGGCCGAGCCUAAGGGUGCUUUUCCACCGCAGAUGUGCGAGGAUGCGAAGCGAGGGAUGUGUUUGUACAGAAACAAUAGUAUCACUUCAAACACUAAAUUAAACGAUAUAAUUGGUUUUUACAAACAUAUCCGUCGCUACGCGUCCUUGCACAAGGUGGAAAAGCACUCUAACCACAGCUGACGUACAAAUUUUUUUCGGACCUCAAUUGAUUUAUUACCGACAUACAAAGUCAUAUUCGAUGAUUUUAGUCGCUUGGAGACUAAAAUCAUCGAAUAUGACUUGUGUACGAAUAGUUUUACCGAUCACAGUUUUUCGACAAUCCCCAAUCUCGCGAGUUAGAUUGUAAUCUACCGGUUUUUACAAUUUUACGGUGACACAGACAUGUAUGUGAGUUAAGGCUGCGUUUAAAUGGAGCAAGUGCAAAGUGGAGGAUAAAAAAAUAGGUAUUACCUAUACAUAUAAGUAACCUACUACUAUGACCUACUUUUAUGCUCUUGCUCGUGUUGAGUUAGUUUUAUAGAAUAAUCUAAUACCCUAAAAUCUUUUUUCUAUCAAUAAGUAGCAAUACAGAAAAUAAAUUAACCUUUGGUUAAAAAAAAUAAAAAUAAAUUCUCAACUUUGCACAAGUGUCAACGCAGCCUUAGCUAAAAGUGUAUGAGUUACUAAAUAGGGGGUAAUAUAGAUAUAAAAUUUUAAUAUUGUUAUGUAAAUCGUGCUUAGCAGAGGCGAACUAAACCACGUUUGAAUAUUU